CUAGAAAUACAAUACACACAGUAGGACAGCACAUCACUAUCUCUAACAGAUGGUUCAACAGGGUCACUGUCAAAAGAAUAGACAUGGCAGACUACGUCAAUGCAACAGCUGAAGAAGGGAGGAAUAGUUCGGAGAAAAGAGAAAAUUGCCAAUCAGGAUGGUCCAAAGUCUUCUUGGUUGUUGGAGUCAGCUUCGGCCUGCUGUGCAUCGUACAGUCAGCGCUCAAUGUUUCUCUCCGGCUCCAAGGAAGAGGAACUUCUUUUUUUUUCCUAGUUGGGUUUUGUAACAACUCUGACCUCAUCUGCUCUACAAAUAUCACAAUGAUGUCAGCCCUGCUUCGAGAGAAAGACCAACUAGAAAAGGAAAACAGAGAGUUACAGGUCGAUAACAACAACCAGGCCAGAGAGAAUGAUGUGUUAAAUGACAAGCUCAGAGAAUAUGAAAAUUACAUAAAGGAAUUGCUGAAAGAAAGGCUUUCUGAAACAGAAGUAACAAACCUCCAAAGCUGUCCCCAGGAAUGGUACCAGUACACGUCCAGCUGUUAUUGGCUGUCUCCUGUGAAAAUGACCUGGUGGCAAGCCAAAAAAGACUGUGAGGCAAAAGGAGCUCAUCUGGUGAUUUUAAAUGAUGAUAAUGAAGAGUGCGUUCUCAUUACUAAGGGAAGGUCUGACGUAUGGAUCGGCUUGAAGGCUAAAAAAAGGCAUCAAAAAUGGACAUGGACAUGGGUGGAUGGAACCAGUCCUACCAGCUACCACCACCUACCAGAUGCUCAACAUUUUCCCUGCGCCUAUUCUGCAAACAACCAGUUUGUGUACUGGGCCUCUGAUACCUGUAACAGUCAACACUACUGGAUGUGUGAGAAGGAGCUGAAGUGAUACACCAACUCCAUCAAACCUGAGUAACACUCCACACCAUGUUGUUAGGUUUGACUGUUUAAAGUUGUAUUUAGCACAAAAACAAGAAAAAAAAAUCCUCAAUCUGUGAUGUUGAUUGCUGGAGUAUUUAAUUCUCUGUAAAAGGACAAUAACCCAAAUAAUUUAAUUCAUGGAUAUAUACACAUUUAAUUGCAGUGGGCCAGAGUGGGCCUUUUUAAAAUUUUUUUUUAAUAAAAAAAAAAAAAAAAAAAAAAAAAAAAA